GCUCGCAAAUUUUUAUCUACACAUCUAUCGAUGUGGUUACGAGGAACGCCAAGAAUUGUGCAAUUUCUCGGCUUUGCCGAUGAAGCGCGAAGACGUAAGGCUCGAGCCGCGAUUAACAAAUCAAUCUCAAAAACAGGAGAGAGACAAGAGGGAUUUUCUCGUUAGAAUAGCAAAUGCACUGUAAAUGAUACCGAGGAGUACAAGCAAACGCUACAGGUUCGUCAUGAUAAUAUCAUUAUUAGUCAGAAUAAUUUGCAAUGACGUGUCUGCCACGCAAUCGAUUAUCCCGCCUGCAAAGGAUGCUUUCCGCACGCAGAAUAAUGCGGGCAAAAAGGAAACGAUGAUAAAAAGAUCGAAUUUGAACGAGCAAGCUCUUAAUGAAAGAUUCGAAAGUAUAGAUUUGAAGCCUACGUUUGAUAAUCCUGAACAAAAAGAAACUAAAGCUCUAGCACAGAAAUUGGCGAACGAGGCUCUCGGAUCGCCGCAAUUGCAACGUAAUAUAAAGAAGUUGGUAAAUCUAAACGGGACUCUACGUAAUUAUUCUAGAAAAGGUUUACCGGUAAACCAAAUGAAAAGUGUACUUAAACCAGGUACGGUAAGUACGAAAAAGUUGAAUAAAUUGUUGAAUCGUAAAGGAAAAGGGAAGAGAAAGAGAAAUAAACAUGAAUUAAGACCGCACGAAGAACAUUCUCGGUUACGUAAACGAAAUCAUAUUAAGAAUAAACGACGGAAAAUAAAUCUACCUGUUAAUAUUGGAGUGAAUCAAAAUAAUGUGAAUAAAAAUAUGUUAUUUUCUACGACUAAAAGUAACGUUGUUGAACGAAAUUUUGUAACUAAUAAUAAUGACGGUCACUCAAGACAUAAUAUCGUGAAUUCUUCGCGUUCGAGGCACCGAAAAAUUAGAAUGCCAACAAACAAAAAGAUGAUCAAGCGUUUAAUGCGAACAAAAAAUUCUAAAAAGGAUCCCGGCGAUCGAAGAGUUGAAUAUUCCGAGUAUUAUGACAACGACAUUGCAAAACCAAUUAAAAUACAAUCAAAUGGAGAUGAAACAGAGAUAGGAAAUGAUAGACUCGUCAGGCAAAUCUCAAAUGGUUCUCUCUUUGGUAGCAAAUCAUUAGACAAUCAUUCGCGAUUCAAACAGCAAUUCACAGACGGAGAUUCCUACAAGGAUUUCACUUACGACUAUGAGUCGUUAAUAAAACCUUGGGAAAUCGGUCGUUCUGUGAUCGCUCAAGCAAAUGAAGAUAAUGUCGAUUAUGCGCCUACGUACUUGCCGGUACUGACCGAUCAGAAAAUCAAUUCGGGAAAUUUGUAUUACGUCCCCGGGGUAACUCAGAAGGAUUUGGCAUAUAAUCAGUUUCUUGAAUCAAACAUCGAUCGACCUAAAGAAAGCAUAUACAUCAACGAGAUGGAAUCUCCUACCGAGAAUUUUAUCAAUUCUAAUCUUGAUCUGGCGGAGAUUCUUACUACUAGUUCGAAUACCAUUGUCGGCCCGCAAAUCGAAGUCGAGCAGAUUCCUAGCAACAUGCUGCAAUAUCAGGAUCUAAAUGUUCCUCGUUUGUACUCAAAUUUAAGUAUUAUACCGGAGAUAAGUAAACCUGAGGAAGUGCAAGUGCUUUAUUCCGGCACUUCGAUGGAUGUGCCGCAUAUCCUUCGCAAAAUUCCCGGCACUUCAAAUGUAUACGUCGAGGAUACUGGAUCUGCGAUAGCAUCUUUACCCAACGAUUAUAUUCAUGCCGUCAUUCCCGCAGGACAAACCAUGCGCAAAAUUAUCGAUCACGUUCCAAUUUUUUCUCAAUCAAUUGCCAAUCGACCAAUAGAACAUGUCUUGAUUCCCGAUCGAGAAAAUGAUAUCAAACAGAGUUGGUAUAACGACGGUCAGAAGCAAGUGUUAAUUGAGAAGGAUCGUAUAGCGAAACAAAAAGCCGCCCAAAUUUUCCGUGGACAAUUCCAAAACGAUAGCGCAAACGAAAAACAAGCCAACCAGAACGGCCAAAUACGCGACAAUCUUGCACCCGUGAUAGCGGUAAAGGCAACGGAAAAGAUUCAACGUGCGAAUAUCUCUGCAACAUUAAACGAAACCAAGGAAGUCGCUAAUCAGAUAUUGGAGAAGAUUGUCGACGAAUUGGAGGAAAUUAAAUCAAAUCGAGCCACUGAAAAUGAACAGAUAGAAGGUUUGCCUUGCAAGAUAUCAGGUUCGUGGGUAACUACCCAGGGUGGAGUGCGAAUCGACAUGAAAGUUACCAAUCGUACCAUAAACGUGACGCUCGCGAAAUUGCUACCUCCGCCCGCUCAUCAGGGUUUGUUGGAUUCUACGUGGAAUCUGACCGGUUACGCACCGUUCGUCACGGGUGGACCGUUUUCCCUGCUCGCCAUUGACAAUCGCACAAAAUCUCUAGCGGUGUUCGCAGGUGCGUGCAGAGUGUGCCAAGGUAUCGACACGAUAGUGGGCGUUUGGUCGAUCGCCCAUAACCCGCAGGAUUGCAGAGAGUUUCAGAUAGCUACAAAUAUCUACAACGAUAUAUUUCGUCGUACUAAACUGUCGUCAGAGAUGAAAAGGCAGCAUCGAGAGAUUGUGCGAUUGUUUCAGAAAGGUAACAGGGACAACGGAACCGCGACCGAGAUCUCGACGAAUACAGUACAGCAAAAUAGCACGUUGCAAUUAAAUAACACGCUGCAUCAAUAUAAAGCAGAGAAGGAAAAGAUUUAGACAUCUCAACAAAAAUAU